AUGCCAUUGUCAACCCCACCAGCUCCUACUACAGCUCCUACUCAAGCUCCACCUCCUACUACAGCUCCUGCUCUUACUCCAGGUCCUACUCCAGCACCAGCUUCUGCUCCUCUCCCUGCUGCUGAGCAGGCAGCAGCCAAGGGUGAGAAUGAUGACAGGGAUUACUUGACUCUCCCCACAAAAUCAGCAGAUCUAAAAACUAAGAGAGAGGCGUGGGAUGCCCUGCAAUGUAACGAGGCAAGUAUGUCAAAAUGUGUAGGUGACUUGCUCGAAGCGGUCUUCGGGAAAGCGUACCUUUCCAGCCACUCCAUGAGUGGUAAGAAGGGAUCCAUUUCUUCUACCAAGAAAGAGAAAGCAGACCCAACAAAGAUUGCUGCUAUAAAAGAAAUAGCUGAAAAGCGGAGGGAGUGA